UUGCUGCCCACCAUCAUGCUUAAAAAUUCCCAAUUUCUUCAUCACUCCAUUUCCAUCGAAUCAUCAAUCCCUAAUCGACCUCCCAAUCUCUCUUCUCUCUUUUCAAUUUCGUCGCAAAAAAUGGCUUCGGAGCCCUCUCCCUUCAUCGAAAACCUAAUCAAUUCGAGAAACAGAGACGUCUCCCUCUUCCUACCCUUCCUCGGCCUAAACGCUGCGGCGGCGGAGGAUUCGGGCAGCCCGCCUGACCGGAUCGUGCUCAUCAACCCCUUCACGCAGGGCAUGGUCUUGAUCGAGAGAAGCAGCAGCGAUAAUAGCCACAACAGCCCGUCAGGUUUUGCGUCCUUUCUCGAGGAAUUGUUCUCUCUCAAGAGCGGCCGGCCACCGGCGUCGAAAGCGGCUAUUGAAGCUUUGGAGACCGUAGAAGUGGUAGACGGCGAAGAAGAAGAAGAAGGCGAUCAGUGCGUGAUCUGCUUGGAGCAGUGGGAAGCCGGGGAGAAGGCGAAACGGAUGCCGUGCAAGCAUAGGUUUCACGGCGAGUGUAUAGAGAAAUGGUUGAGAAUUCACGGCUCCUGCCCCGUUUGUAGAUACGAGAUGCCGGUGGAUGACGAGAAGAAGAGGAGGAAGGAGAUUUGGGUUAGCUUUACGUUUGGUGGUGAGAGGAGAAGUGGUGAAGCAGAGAGUGAGAGUGAUGGCGAUUCUAGUGAUUCCGGUUGAACCAAAUUUAGCGCUGUUGAAUAUGCUUGAUUUGUGUAUAAAUCUCUGGUUUUUUGUGCAAAGUUUUUUGUUUGGUUGGUCGAAUUGGUGAAGUGAAAAAAUUGAUUCUAAUGUUUUCAUUAGAUGAAUGCAACAUUUGCUGCAAA